AUGGAAGGUGGGUUUUAUUCAGAUUGGAAUGAUGGUAGUUCUUCGUCGAUAUUCGGAUCAGAGAAUCUGGAGGAAGAGUUGGAGAAGGGGAUUGUGAGAACUGAAGAUCUUUUCUCUCGGAUUCCUCAGCCUCAGACACCAAGGGAGCCAAUGAAGUUUCUGUCCAGAUCAUGGAGUCUAUCAGCUUCUCAAAUCUCCAAAGCUUUGGCGCAGAAACAGAGACAACAACAACAAAGCCAAGACCUGUCUUCUGUUGCUCAGAACAGUCCUACCAUCUUCUUCCAAGAUGCUGCUACAGAUCCACUCAUGGUAGGGAAGAUCAUGAACGCAGCUGGGACGCAUAGAUCAGGGAGAUUAUCGAAGUGGUUUCACCACAAAGAACACACUAACCCGAGCACCACGAGGAAUCCGAGGAAGAAAGAUAAAGCACGAGUGGAGAAAGCCCGUGUUCACUCUGCUGUGUCCAUUGCAGCUCUGGCAGCUGGGUUAGCGUCUGUGACCUCUGAGGAAAGCUGCAGCAAAGGGUCAAGCUCCAUGAUGGCUCUGGCACUAGCUUCAGCUACAGAGCUUCUGGCUUCGCAUUGCAUUGAGAUGGCUGAGCAAGCAGGUGCUGAUCGCACUUGUGUUGCCUCCACGGUUAGGUCUUCUGUUGAUAUCCAUAGCCCUGGCGAUCUCAUGACUCUCACAGCCGCGGCUGCAACUGCAUUGAGAGGAGAAGCGGCUUUGAAGAAGGUGAGGCAACCGAAGGAAGCAAGGAAGAACGCAACUAUCACACCUUGUGAGAGGAGUUUCUCUGACUCUAACUGGACUGCAAAUUGUCAGUUUAGAUUGGAGGAAACAAAUCUUCCUUUAGAGGGCGAACUGGUGCAAUGUGCACGAAAUGGAAUMCAGCGAAUUAAGCGAGUUUGUGUCUACAUCAACAAGAAAUCUCAGGUAAUUAUUAAACUCAAAAGCAAACACGUCGGAGGGGCAUUCUCCAAGAAGAUCAAAUGCGUUGUUUAUGGAGUCUGCGACGAGAUWUCUGCAUGGCCUUACAGGAAAGAUAGAGAAAAUUCAGAAGAAGUCUAUUUUGGUCUGAAAACUGGACAGGGUCUUUUGGAGUUCAAGUGCAAGAGUAAGAUUCAGAAGCAGAGAUGGGUUGCUGGGAUUCAAUCUACUCUCCGCCAAGUAACUUGUCUCGAGGCUUGCUCUCUCAAAUCUCUGAGCCUCAGUGAUCGUAUGCGAUAG